AUGUCUCUCACACAAAUAAACCAUGUUUUGAAGACUAAUGAAUAUAGUUUAAAACCAAACGGCUAUGAUGGACGGUAUAACGGGUCAGUAAAAGGGUUUUAUAGUAAUAUCCUACCAUCAAACUCCCCAUGUGAAGACAGACGGAGUGUUGCAAUGUGUCUACAGAGCCGAAGCAUGCUGUUUGGAGUGUUUGAUGUCCACGCAGGUUCUGCUUGUGCACAAGCAGUUAGUGAACGCCUCUUUUACUAUAUAGCCAUGUCUCUGUUUCCAUUUAAGACUUUAACUGAGAUAGAGGAGGCUGUGGAGAGUGAAAGGCCUGUACUUCCGGUGCUACAAUGGCACAAGCACCCUAACGACUAUGUUAGCGCAGAUGCAGGCAAACUAUACUUCAACAGCCUGAGGACAUACUGGCAGGAGAUGAUAGAACUGCAUAAGGAUGAUGACAGUGAUAUACAAACAUCUUUAAGAAACGCUUUCAAGAGACUGGAUAACGAUAUUUCCUUGGAGGCCCAGGUGGACUUUGGGGUUCAUUUUACUAUUCAACCUCUCAGAGUGGCUCUGUCUGGAUGCACGGCUUGUGUGGCUCACGUGGACCGAGAAAAUCUUCAUGUGGCCAAUCUGGGUGACAGCAGAGCAGUGCUCGGGGUACAAGGGGAUGAUGGGAGGUGGUCAGCUCUCACUGUUACCAAUGACCACAAUUCCCACAACCCAGACGAGAUGCAACGGGUACAUUCAGAACAUCCUCCUUCUGAGUGGAAGACAGUGGUAAAACAUGACCGGUUAUUGGGCCUGUUGAUUCCUUUCAGGGGUUUUGGAGACAUGAAGUUCAAGUGGAGUGGUGAGCUCUUGAACCGCAUCUACGAGGCACGUCCAGAGCUGCUGAUCGGGAACGAAAAUGCAAAAAUGCUGCUACCGGACUACCACACACCACCUUACCUCAUAGCAGAUCCAGAAAUUACAUAUCACAAAUUGCGACCACAAGACAAAUUAUUGAUUUUAGCUACUGAUGGUCUCUGGGAACUGAUGCACAGGCAGACUGUGGUGCAGGUCUUGGGGGAACAUCUGUCUGACAUGCAGUGGAAGAAGCCAGUUUCUGGACUGUGUUUAUUGCUGCAAGAGAGGAAGAGUAGAGCUUUUUCUGCUGGAUGAGAUGAGAACAGUGCUACUCAUCUGAUCCGUCAUGCUCUGGGUAGCGAUGGCUGCGGCUCCCUUGAACCCAAGCGCAUAGCAAAAAUGCUCAGUCUGCCACAGGAUUUGGCUAGGAUGUACAGAGAUGACAUAACAAUAAUAGUCAUCCACUUUAAUAGUUAA